AUGACGGACCGUCUGCCACCUAACCUUCUUGCGCUUUUCGCGCCGCGACCUCCUCUACGCUACCUACCCCCAUCGGACGCGCCGGCGCAUGAACGCAGAACCGCGCCAAUUACGGGUGUCGCUCAGUAUAAGAAAGCUCUCGAGGAGUAUAAAGACAAGGACAACUAUGUGCCGACAGAGAGCUGGCUGCAGAGACGGGACAGGAAAAAGCUAGAGCACGAAAGGGAGAUUGCUCUCAAGCUGAAGGAAGGCCCGGCCAAAUACCGGCCGCAGGACGAUCCCAAUAUUCGCGGCGAUGCGUUCAAAACCUUGAUUGUUGCCCGACUGAGCUAUGAAGCCAACGAGCAGGAUCUCGAGAGGGAGUUUGGCCGAUUUGGCACCAUUGAGAGAAUCCGGAUAAUCAAGGACACUCAUGCUCAUGAGAAGGGUAAUAAGAAACGAAAGCCGCACCGCGGCUACGCAUUCGUCGUUUUUGAACGCGAAAAGGACAUGAGAGCUGCUCUCGAGGGAUGUGACGGCAUUAGGAUUAAGGACCGCCGCAUCAAGGUUGAUGUCGAGCGCGGACGUACCGUUGAAGGGUGGAAGCCCCGCCGCCUGGGUGGCGGUCUGGGUGGCCGUAACUACACCAAGGCCAUGCCUUCGCAGCCCAUGGGUCGCGGCUUCGGUGGUGAUGGCUUCCGAGGUGGUUUCGGUGGUGGUAGGGGUGGGUUCAGGGGUGGCUUCGGCGGCCGUGGAGACCGCGGCGGCUUCCGCGGGGGUGGUGGUCGUAGCUUCUCUGACCGUGGUUUCGGAGGCGGCUAUGGAGGACCUCGUGGUGGCGACCGAGGAGGAGAGCGAAACGGGUUUGGUGGCCCGCCGCCUAAUGCGCCUGGCGGACCCGGAUCCUACGGUGGUAGGGAUAGCGGGCGUGACAGCCGCGAUUCAAGGUUUGGCGGAGAUCGCAGAGGCUUUGACUCUGGAGGUGGUGGACGCUCUUACGACGACAGAUCCGGCGGCAGCGGAGGUGGCUUCCGCGACAACAGCCGACGCACUGGCAGCAACAUGGAGCCCAUCCGCCCCAGAGAAAAUGGUGGGUAUCGCGACCGCGACCGUGAUCGGGAUCGGGACCGUGACAGAGACCGGGAUUACGACAGACCUAGGGACGAUGACCGAAAACGCGGCUACGAGGGUUCCUACGACGACCCGCGCAAGAUUCGUCGCUACUAA